UGGAAAUAGUCUAGUAACUACCAUGACGACUUGCUCAUGCCAGUUUUGCACUUUAAGGACACGAUCAUGAAACUAUUGCACGAGUGGGGAGUAUUCUGGUGUUUAAGAGACAUAAUGCACAGCAUUAGGUUAACAGAGGGAUUGAUGAUCUUGGCUGUUUUCUAAAGUCUUGGUUGAGGGCUAGGUUUUACACUCAUCACAACCGGUUGUGACUGGUUUAAUCUAGAUGGUCGAGCUUGCGCAGUAGGUGUAAACAGGAAGAAACCUCUUAUAUUACAGCUAAUGUUCGCAUAGAGAAGCCCAAGAGAUCGCUGGAACAGGUGUCAUAUUUACGUUUUUGAUUGUCUAAUGUAAAUUGCGCGAAGUCGGUAUAUUUUUCACAACAGACAGGACUGAUCUUCAGUAUGUAAUUUAUUUCAUGCUGAAGCCUCUGAACGCUGUUGCUAACACCUAAAAUACCCAGCUAUACGCUAGCUAGCAAACGUUAUCGUUACCAAUGUACCAGGUAGACUGUUUGCUACUAAUACUAGUUAUUUGACAGAAUAUUUGUGUUUCAUUAAGGGUCUUGUCAUAAUCUUGCAUACAUAGGUUAAACAUACGGGGGUCGCUACGGUCUGAUAAAAGCAAGAUAACUUCGAAAUGCUUCAUCUUUGUUCGUUUUUAAGUCGACGUGAGGUGGCCUACUAACCUACUAUUUGUGUUCCGCACAAAUACGUCCCUCUUGCAAGCAUAGCAACAUUGCUGACAUACAAUAUAACUUGGGAAGCUCGGAGUUGACAGAAAUGGUUCAAAAAGAUAAGACAGUGGAAACUGCCCAACCAGAAAAUGAGGCAAUUCCCAGUCCGGGGUCUGUGGAAGCCUGUGUCGAUGCCCAAGUCUCUGUCGAAGGACCCACUAUCGGGGUCGAGAGAACAGGCCGGAGAAAAUUCACCAGCGGAGUUGUCGAGGGGUUCUAUGGGCGUCCAUGGACAAUGGAACAAAGAAAAGAGCUUUUCAGGAGGAUGCAGAAGUGGGGGUUGAACACAUACCUGUAUGCGCCAAAAGAUGACUACAAACAUAGAAUGUUCUGGAGAGAAAUGUAUUCAGUUGAGGAAGCGGAGCAACUUAUGACAUUGAUCAGCUCUGCAAAGGAUUAUGGGAUCGAGUUCAUAUAUGCCCUCUCCCCUGGGCUUGACAUCACCUUUUCCAAUCAGAAGGAGGUGACCACGCUCAAGAGGAAGCUCGACCAGGUUACCCACUUUGGUUGCAAGUCUUUUGCCUUACUUUUUGAUGACAUCGACCACAAUAUGUGCCCAGCAGACAAGGAAGUCUUCAGCUCAUUUGCACACGCCCAGGUGUCCAUCACCAAUGAGAUCUUCCAGUAUCUAGGAGAGCCGGAGACAUUUUUGUUCUGUCCCACUGAAUACUGUGGGACCUUUUGCUUUCCAAACCCGGCCCAGUCACCGUACCUCCGCACCGUUGGAGAGAAGCUGCUUCCUGCCAUCGAAGUGCUGUGGACAGGUCCCAAGGUUGUGUCCAAAGAUAUAACGGUAGAAUCCAUUGAAGAAGUGUCCAAGAUCUUGAAGAGGGCGCCGGUCAUCUGGGACAACAUCCAUGCCAACGAUUACGACCAGAAGAGACUGUUUCUGGGCCCCUACAAAGGCCGCUCGACAGAGCUUAUCCCUCGCCUGAAGGGGGUCCUCACCAACCCCAACUGCGAAUUUGAGUCCAACUUUGUGGCUAUCCAUACCUUGGCCACGUGGUACAAGUCCAACAUGAACGGCGUGCGGAAAGAUGUCGUCAUGGCAGACAGUGAGGACAGCACGGUGUCCAUCCAGAUCAAGCUGGAGAAUGAGGGCAGUGAUGAAGAGCUGGAGACAGAUAUGCUCUACAGCCCCCAGCUGGCCCUCAAGAUGGCACUCACAGAGUGGAUGGGCGAGUUUGGCGUGCCACAUCAGUAUAAUAGUCGGCAGGUACCUCACAGUGGAGCCGGGAGCACGGUCAUCGACGUCCCUUCACUGGGCAGCCCCUGCCUCGGCGCCACCACCACAGUCACCACCGUCUUCCAGCAGCCAAUCAUGAGCCCAGCCCCAGCCGCCCUGGCCCCCGAGCCUCUCCCGCUGGGCAAGGAGGACGAGGAGGUGGAGGAGGAGGAGGAGGUGAAAAAGGAAUCGGACGAGGAGCCCAUGGAGACAGCGGCCGCGAAGCAGGACGAGGCAGAGACGGAGCCCGAGGCAGAGGUGGAGGAGGUGGAGAACGAGAGCCAGAUCCUGACCGAGAUCGUGGAGGCCAAGAUGACGGCCGAGGAGCUGCGGCCCAUGGACACAGACAAGGAGAGCCUGGGCGAGGCCAAGUCGCCCGAGAUGUCCGUGCAGGAGGACUCGGGCAGCGACAUCGCGCCCAUGCAGACGGACGAGCAGCAGCACCAGCUGCUGCUGGGCCAGGCCAAGGAGCUAGCCUUCGUACCGGGCCCCGACGAGAAGCCACUCUACACAGCCGAGCCGCUGACCCUGGACGACCUGACGCUGCUGGCCGAGCUCUUCUACCUGCCCUACGAGCACGGGCCCAAGGCUGUGCACAUGCUCAAGGAGUUCAACUGGCUGCGCAGCAACAGCAGCGCCGUCAGUGUCAACUCGGAAGACAAGGACCCCGAGAAGGUGGAGGAGUGGAAAAUAAGGGCGGAGAAGUUCGAGGAGAUGUGCUGCUCCGUCAUCCAGAUGUUCACGCGCCUCUCCAACUCUGCCAACAGGACCAUCCUGUACGACCUGUACUCCUACAUCUGGGACAUAAAGAGCAUCAUCUCUAUGGUGAAGUCAUUUGUGCAGUGGUUAGGGUGUCGUAGUCAGUCCUCUGCACAGUUCUUAAAUGGAGACCCAGAGCCAUGGGCCUUUAGGGGAGGUCUAGCAGGAGAGUUCCAGCGAUUGUUGCCAAUAGACGGGGCAAACGAUCUUUUCUUCCAGCCUCCGCCCUCCAUGCCCACUUCCAAAAUCUAUUCCAUACGGCCGUACUACCCCAAAGAUGAGGCUGAUAUUUACAAGAUCUGCAGAGAGAUGUACUCUGAGGGCUGUGAGGAAAUGCCGUUCACAGAUCAAGACCCAGACCUGAUUGGAGAUCGGUUAGUGGGCGGCUUCCUGACUCUGAGCCCAGACUAUGGCUUCGUUCUGGAGGAUGAGGAGGGGAUCUGUGGCUAUGCUCUUGGCACCAUGGAUGUCAAGCCCUUUGUCAAGAAGUGCAGUGUCAGCUGGAUCCCCUCCAUGCAAGAGAAGUACACCAAGCCUGACGGUGACAAAGAGCUUUCAGACGCUGAGAAAAUGAUCCUGAGCUUCCAUGAGGAGGAGGAGGGUCUGCCUGAGUCCUUCCUCCGGAACUUCCCGUCUCUCAUCAAGGUCGACAUCCACGCUAAGGUCACUGACCCCAGCGUGGCCAAGAGCAUGAUGGGAUGCCUCCUCUCAUCACUGAAAGCCAAUGGCUCUCAUGGUGCCUUCUGUGAGGUGAGACAGUUGGAUAAAAGGAUGUUGGACUUCUACAGCAAACUGGGCUGCUUCGAGGUGGCAAAGAUGGAAGGCUUUCCCAAAGACAUCAUCCUUAUGGGGAGGAGCUUAUGAACCCCUGGAAUGUGUUCUGAGAAGAACAACUUCAAAAAAAAAAAAAAGAGAGAGAGAGAGAGAGCGUGAGCGAGAGGGGCGGCAUCUUAAAGGAAUGGUGUUAAGAGAAAGAGCACAGACAGUGUGUGUCACACAAGGCCUUCAACAUGUCUGCCAUCUUUCAAGCCCCGGUGGUUACUUUGCUUUCCUUGUGUUUAUUUUUCUUGUAGUUCACCUCAACAAUAAGGUUUUAACCAAGGUAGCCUGUUCUUGAAGUUGUGCACUGAAGGUUUCUGUAGAACGCUGUUACUUAAGUGAACCUUUUUUUUUUUUUUAUCCUUCCCCUAGACGCCUCGCUCAGGCACUUUAAACCCUGGUAAGGGGUGGGGGUGGGGGCUGGGGGUGCAGUGUUCCUUUGGGCUGUGGAGGGAUGACUCUCCCGUGUCCAUGGAAACUGAGGGCACUUGUACUGAGCAUGCUCAGAUGGGUGAGGCUGAACCACCAUUAUCAGUCUCCCCUGUACAUGUGCAUGUAUGCGACUGAAUCUGAAUUGAGUUGUGUGGGUUGAUGGGUCUGAGUCAGAGAGAGGAGUGUGUGUGUGUCUGUAUGUGAGUGAAUGUAACAGGAAUAAACCCCUUACAAGUGCUGCUGUGAAGAGCGAGGCCUACCUACACCUCAUGCAGACUGGCCUUUCUGCAGGACCCCAGCUGUCCUUAGCAGGCCUGAGCCAGAUCAUAUCUCAGUCCACACUUAUUCCAGCCCUCUCUUGAAGCCACUCUCACCAAGUAACCACAUGUACUUCAUCAGGGUAUGUUUAAACAGCGUGGUCGGUAAGUGAGCAAGACCUCAGCUGUGCAGCCCAUGUUGGGAGUCAGUGAUGUUCACUCCCAUCCCAGGGGUGGUGUGACCAUGUGAGUUCUUCAGACUUGAAGCCCAAAUGUGUGGACGUGAGAGGCUCACCUGGCCCGAGACUGCUACUCUUGUACGGACUAGUACAGCGGUGCCAUGAAAGCACAGUGUGGUCUCAGACCAUCUAUUUUCUUUUUUGGUAUCAGGAGGGGCUCUGUGAUGGUUUUGCUCAAGCACAGAAAUGCCUUUAGGCCUGUUGCCUUCUCCCAUGUGUUCAUGUAAUGGGAUAUUUUUUUUUCCCCUUUCUUGUUUUGGAACUUUGUGACGGCAAGUGAAACUAGAUGGAGAAAAACUUGUGGGAUUUCUUGUCAGGAAAACCAAGUAUAGAGGUAGACCUGCUCCUAACUUUGACCAAUUAGUAUUUCACAGCUGAAAUCAACCUGUCCAAUUCGGAUCAUUUGCUCUCAAUAUAUACCUUGAAGAGCUUUCAAAUAGACCAGCAGCAAAUUAUUUUUUUAUGCAAUGACGCUUUUAAUUAGAUACGUUGGUCCUGUAAUAUAACCUAAAUGUCUAGAGGUGUUUUGCUCUGUCUGUAUUAUCUGUUCUCAGUUCUGUCCAGUAACGCAGUUGCCAAAGUGAGGAGAGUGGUGUCUCCAUAGUGACUGGUGCCAUGGUAGGUGUGGGGCCAUCACUGUCAAGACGAGGCCUCCUGUGGCAGCAUUUCCAUGUGUUACAUAAUUAGGUGUACUGUUUUCAAGCUUAAAGAUGAAGAAAAAGCACUUUUGGUCAAAAGAUCAGAUUUUUUUGGCAUGCACUCUGAUAAGUGCUUGGCCUCUAUGGCUUUUAUUUUGGUAUUGCAACUUUUAUUUAUGAAGCAUGGCACACAGGGAAGUGGAUUUGAUACCCAGAGGACGUCCUUGUCCCGUCAGACUGCCAAGUGGUCCUCCGACUCCAUAUCUGUGCAAAUUUGAUGCUCUACUUUAAUCGUUAACCUCAGAGGUUAGGGUGACUAAAAAGUCAUCACCCUGUUUUCAGGUUUUGUUGCCACCUUCCCCACACAUUAGACUCCCUGGUUCUUCUUGUGUUGUUUUUGUAAAUCAGAACUUCACUUUGGGCCCAACCGUUCUCAUGUUUUACCUCUGUGCCCUUACUGCAGAGGAAGAUCAGAUCACCCUGAAAUUACAAGGGCUGAAAUGGUUCAAACAUUCAUUGGAGGUGAAAUGGUGUGUAAAUAUAUCAAAGAAUGGCAGACAUUUACAAUUUUUUGGAAUGGUUGGGGUGGGAUGGGGGGUUGGACCUGUCUUGUAGGUAUACUUUCUGUAAGAUUUGUAUGUAAUAUGGUUAUUAUUAAUAAUAAUAAUAAUGAUGAUAAUAAUAAAACCUGUCCAAUUAA